AUGUUUGGAGGGAUUGCCUGUAUGCGAGCUAUUCCGGCGGUGAUAACGGGCCGACUUUUUCAUCAAUCACUGGUUCGGUGUGAUAGAAACAGCAAACCCGCUAACACCAACGAUGCCAUUGCAACGGAUUGCUUAUCUUUCUUCGGUCAAUGGCCAGAACCAGACCGAGAGUGCUUUAUCUCCGAUAUGCGGAUCAUACAUCAGUUCAUCAACAUAAACGAAGAAAGUUCGCUUUUAGAUGAAAUAGAACCAUACCUUAAACGUCUACGGUACGAGUUUGAUCACUGGGACGACGCUAUUCAUGGAUAUCGUGAAACGGAACGAAAGCACUGGUAUCCUAAAAACCGCGCUAUUUUAGAUCGGAUAGUAUCAAGCGCAUUUGAUGGUGCUGCUAUGCCCUACGUUCAUGUGUUGGAUUUAGCAGAGGAUGGCGUCAUUAAAGCACAUGUGGACAGUGUUCGGUAUUGCGGAAAUACAAUCGCAGGAAUAAGCCUUUUGUCGGACUCAGUGAUGCGAAUGGUUCGUACAAAUGACGAGGAGCAAACGAAUGAAGAAUAUCGUCAGAUUUUUUCCAAGGAUCGAGAUAAAAAGUACUGGGCAGAUGUGCUAUUGCCCCGCCGAUCGCUUUAUAUUAUGAAACAUUCGGCCCGCUACAAAUUUACUCAUGAAAUUCUCCCUGGAAAGGACUCUUGGUUCCGUGAGAAAUUUAUUACAAAAACGAGACGUAUAUCAAUUAUAUGCCGAAAUAAUCCAGAAGCAAAUGAGCAACCACUCUAA